CGAUCGAAGAAACCUGCAAAAAUGUCACAUUCAUUACUAGAAUAAGAAUAACGUUUAAAUGCCUUCACAGAGAAAUAGGCUAAAUUAGUCCCGCCAUUUAAGUGGUCUUUAACAGGGCCCCGCGUCGGCUGAGGAUUUUAAGGCAAAAUAAUGCAAUAAUCAAAUUAUAAUUUUCCUCAGAGAGAAAAAAUCUGGGACUAUUGUUAAAUUGCACGGAUACUUUUGCUGAAGUUAAGAUGGAUUCACCCUCGGAAUUACCUCCGUCGUCUAUGUUUUGAAUGCAACCGCGUAAACACGAACGAUCUCUCACUGGUAUGAGAUGUUGCUAGCCUCGGCCGUGGUCGUCUGGGAAUGGCUGAACGAGCACGGGCGCUGGCGACCCUACAGUCCGGCGGUGUCCCAUCACAUCGAAGCGGUGAUCCGCAGCGACCCUCGCGGCGCCGGGAGCGUGGUGCUGGGCCAGGUCGACUCGCGUCUAUCUCCGUACAUCAUUGACCUGCAGUCUAUGCACCAGUUUAGGCAAGAUACCGGUACACUUAGGCCCGUGCGGCGAAGUUUUUAUGAUCCACGGUCUGCACCGGGUCAAGGUUGGGUGUGGGAAUGGGAGAAUGACUCUGGCUCAUGGACUCCAUAUGACACAGAGGUUAGCAUUGCCAUUCAGGCAGCUCGUGACCGGCAGCAGCCCUGGCUGGACUUAACACCAUUGGGCUUCUGUUACCUCAUAGACCUGCAAAGUAUGACACAGAUCAAUGGACAGACGCAACGGCGCAGACGAAUCCAGAGGCGCUCGGACCUGGCCUACCCGCUUGUCUCUGGCCCUCUGCCUAAGCCCCAUGCGUGGUCUUCGGCUGGAAGUGGUGGACUCCUGGGGGUGGGAGUGUCUGGGGUGAGUGGAGGGAAUGGCAGUGCCUAUCCUAGUGGAGCUCUCCCGGCUUCUGCUAUUACGUCAUUGGGUCAACCGUGUUCCUGCCAACAGUGUAUGCUAGUCUUGGGUGUCAAGACCCCUAGUAUGGCACAAACUCUUGGGCGGAAGCCACCGCUGGCACCCAAACCACCGAGCCCCAAAGCAGUAUCAAGGGGACACUCAUAUUCUCUUACCCUCCCUCAUCCUCCUUCCCUUUCCAGAGUACUUUCCCCACACAGGAACUCUACCUCGGGUGCCAUUGGAGGCUUCGGACAAUCCCUGUCUCUCCUGGGCUCAGCCACUGCCGCCCUGUCAAUAUCCUCCAACCGUCCUCCUCCACCUGCUGUACCGCCACCCCCACCUCCUUCUACCACACCCCACACUACUAUUUCCCCACCCAACCUUAAUGCACCAACACCCUCCAACGUCCUUAUAUCUACAGCAACCACCUGCGCUCCCACACCCUCUGCUCGUGUUCUGGGGCCCGUCUCAACAGCAUCAGCAGCUUGUGCCGCCCCAGUGCCACCUCGCAGCAGUCUGGCUGGCCUAAGCCGCCCCGCCCUGCAGAGAAUCGCCAUGGCACAGUCUCGGGCACUUAUUGCAUCAGGAGUCCCAACUGUCCCAGUGAAGAACUUAAAUGGAUCCAGCCCCGUCCACCCAGCUUUGGCAGGUAUCACUGGUAUUCUGAUGAGUGCCGCUGGACUCCCAGUCUGCUUGACUCGCCCACCCAAACUGGUGCUCCAUCCCCCACCUGUCAGCAAGAGUGACAUCAAACCCGUGCCCGGCCUCGGCCACUGUUGCCGCAAGACCACAAAGAAGCAGGCCCGCAAAGGUAGAACUUCAGAGGAAGUGGUUAGAAGAUAUCUCCAGAAGGUCCGCAACCCACCUGAGGAGGAUUGUACUAUCUGUAUGGAGUCUCUCUGUGGCCCCUCUGGCUAUAAAGGCCCGGGUGUCGGUGGCAUUUCUCGGGCAGAGUCGGUUGGUCGUUUGUCUCAGUGUGGACACCAGUACCACCUGCAGUGCCUGGUGGCCAUGUACAACAACGGGAACAAAGAUGGCAGCCUCCAGUGCCCCACUUGCAAGACCAUCUACGGUGUUAAAACAGGAAACCAGCCACCUGGCAAGAUGGAGUACCACGUCAUUCCUCACUCGCUUCCUGGACACCCUGACUGCAAAUCCAUCCGGAUUAUCUACAACAUCCCCCCUGGCAUUCAGGGUCCUGAACAUCCUAACCCCGGGAAGCCCUUUACAGCCCGUGGAUUCCCAAGACACUGCUACCUCCCUGACAGUGAGAAAGGCCGCCUAGUGUUGAAGCUGUUGCUGGUUGCAUGGGACCGCCGGCUGAUCUUCUCAGUGGGCACGUCCAGCACUACAGGUGAGACGGAUACAGUCAUUUGGAACGAGGUGCAUCACAAGACCGAAUUCGGCUCCAACCUGACCGGCCACGGUUACCCCGACUCCGGUCACCUCGACAACGUCUUGGAGGAGUUGAGGGCGCAAGGCAUCACUGACGAAGAGUGUCUGAGGGACUGAGGGAGGGGUCCAUCCACAAAGACUGAAUGUUUCGUGUUAGUGUUGCCAAAUCUGAAUCCAAUUCCCAGCUAUCGUUUCUCCGAUUCCUGAGUCACUUGCGAAAUUAAACACUAUGAAGUUUAAGGACUUCAAAAGGAUUUCUUUUUCAAUGCUAUCAGCCCUCUUGCUGUUAAAGACAUCUGUCAGAAUUAGGAGGGCAAGAUGCAAGUGCUGUAAUAAUACAAAAGUCUUGAACUGUGGGGAGGUUAGCACCCUUCCCACAAAAACUAGAUUUGGUGCAAUUUUGUGAACGGCUCGGCAUCUCUUCAGCCAUUUAAUGUAUUGUAGUUCUGUGAAGGAUACGCAAAACAAAGGUACUUCUGUGCAUGUAGUUGUAUCAUUUUGGCGCAGAGAGUUUUAUGUCCUUGGUAUAACCAAGGCCGCCACUUGUCGCUAACAUCGAAGCUCCAGUUGCAGUUUUAGACGACGGAACGUGAAUGUUUACUGCCCCAUAGUGGCACUUGUUAACAUAUACAUUCCAGUAAUUACCAUGGUAUUUAUUUGACAACAUAGUUUUCUAAAUGUCUGCAGUAUUUACAUUAACCACUUAUAUUUGUACUUAUUUUAUCGUAUCUUACGUUAUUUUAUAUUGUUGAAAGGAGACUCCUGUGCUGUUAUUGAUUUUGGGAUAGAAACAAAUCUUUGUCUCUGUCCAGGACUGAUGAUAAUCUAGUUAAGAGACAUUCAACUCCAACUGCUUAGUUCAUUAAUCAGUAUUAAAGAAAUGUUGAGCCAGUUGAGGCUGUCGGCCAGCGGAUGAACAAUGCACAAAUUAUACUUUACCAUUUCUAGCCUCUCAUUGACUUAUGUUCUCAAGAAGUGAACAUAUUAACACAUUUUCUCUGUGAUUAGACGUGCUGCCAGAGACAGAACCUUUACAGAAUUGUGACAUCACCAGUUUAGAACUACAGGAGACAAUAUGAUUUAGAAUCUCCAAAGUUGAAGAUGUUGGCCUUUUAAAUGGUUACUAAGAGCAACUAACUUGCCCUGUUAGGUUUGAAAUCUAUCUGUUAGAGUGGAUAAACUAUCUCCGGUUGCCUUUCUGGUCGGUCCUUGGUAGGUCUAUAAUGGACCUGUUUACAAAGCUGUUGACGAGACUACUGCAUGUGUGUACAUGCAAAUGUGUAAGCUUACAUUUAUAGUUGAUGUGCUGUAUGUAUGUGUUUUAUGUACACAAUUCUGUUUGUUUUCCCUGCAUCCAAAAGCAUGUUGUGGAAGUAAAUGAGUGUUUUUCUUUCUUGUAUCAUUUUUAUAAUAUACUUUUAAUUGAUUUAACUUUUUUUUUCUUUAUAAGCUAUUAGGGUUUUUUUUUUUUCCACUGUGAAGUUUUACUCUCAUUUAUUGCACUUGUCCAGCCAAGUUCCUCAUGUUAGUUGCUAUGGAGACAACAGUGUAAUGGCACUACUGCCAGGAAGAAAACUGUGAAGAUAAGACUGGGGAUGGAGCUAGGAGAACUAAUGUUGCUGUAUAAUAUAAAAUGUACAAAACAACUCUUGCAUAUUAAAUAGCUGCUGGAAUACUGAAUAAAUAUUAA